GGAGAGAAAGAAGAAGAAGAAGAAGAAGAAGAAAAAAGAUAGUGAGCACUUUCUUUCUCUCUGUUUUUUUUUUUCUCUGAUACUUUUCUUUCAAUUUUCUCUGGAAAAUUUCCUUGGAAUUUUGAUACAUUUUAAGGAGGAUUGAGACUUUCUUCUGAAGGAUUUUGAGCUUUGAAGAUUUAGGAUUGUGCGAUUAUGUUUCUUUGAGUUCAGAUAUUGGAAGGAAUCUGAAAUAGAAAGAUCAGUUUGUAGGAUUAGAAGAUCGGAAUUGAACUCGAAAUCUGCUGAAUGAAGCGUUGAAAUGUCGUCAUUUUUACUGAAGAAACUCUUUGAAUGAUAUAAGUUUUGAAGAGUAUUAAUAAUCUCAAUCUCUUCUCGAAUCGGUUCAAUUCGCCAUUGACGAAGAAGAUAGAAAAGAUUUGCUGGAUUGAAAGAAAAAAAAAAUCAAAAUAGUUAAGCACACUGUUUACGGAUCCUGAUUUUCAUAGAGACGCUUAUUCAAGUGCUGAUAGACCGUCGAUUUCCAAUUUGGUUACGAAGAAAACGAGCAAUUUUACAAAGGUAUUAUAUAAAAAGGCACAAAUGGAGAAGAAUUCAAGAGAGGGAUUAUUAUUGAGAUCAGGUCAUCAUCAAAAGGAAACAAAGUCAGGUGCAACGACGUCGUCUGAUUUCGUGUUACAGUGGGGGAACCGGAAAAGACUUCGGUGCAUGAAGGUACAGAAUAAGAAUAAUAGUCACCACAACAACAAUAAUAAUAACAAUGACUCUGCCGAUUCGGUGGCGGUGCAGAGAACGGGUCGGGUCGAUCGUCGGGUUGUGAGAUCCGAUCUAAACAAGGACUCAAGCAAUCAACAACCCGCUACCACUAACACUGCAGCCGGGGCUAGUAGUAACGGUUAUUUGAAUCUCCGGCAAAGAGCGGCGUCUCCUUCUCAUCGAAUUCUCAGGAAUUCGGAGAAUUCAAUUGGGAUGAGAGAAAGGAGCAACGGGUUAAGAGGAAUGGCAUCACCAGACAAAGUGGGUGGUGCUCACGAUAAGCGAGGGAGUGCGCACGUUAACCACCACCACCACCAAAACGGUAAGACCAAUAAUGAUGAUGCUAGCAACCACCAACAGGGUGGGUCUGCAUCAUCGGAAACUGCGCAUGAUAGCAAGAAAGGAUGUGGUGGGUCGUCAUCAGGAAGUGAGGCGGUUCCGAUGGUGUGGCCACCGAAGUUUGUGAUAGGGUUAACAAACAAGGAGAAAGAAGAGGAUUUCAUGGCUAUCAAAGGCUCUAAGCUACCUCAACGACCCAAGAAAAGAGCCAAGUUCAUUCAACGUACCCUCAAUCUGAUAAGUCCAGGGGCAUGGCUAUGUGAUUUGUCCUUGGAGCGAUAUGAAGUUAGAGAGAAGAAAGUAUCCAAGAAGAGACCAAGAGGGCUCAAAGCAAUGGGAAACAUGGAAUCUGACUCGGAGUAGACUAGACUACUGUCUUCUGUUUUGAAACCGUUUCAUCGAGUGGGAAAAAGGAAAAAAGGCAAAAACAACGACUUGAGUGAGAAUAUGAGCUUUUGGUGUUCCUUAAGAUCAAAUGUACUUUUUCUUGAUGUUUUUCUCGCCUUUGCAUCAAUUAAAAGAUAAAAAAUGUUUAGCCCCA